AUGGCUUUUGAAAUAUCACUGUAUUCCCCCCGCCGCGUCCCCCACUUCCUGUUCGUAGAUAUUGAGACCGUGACUCACAAGCGGUCCGUAGGUAUAUCUGCCCUUUCACUUAGCCGCUGCAACGAAGAAGCGUCACCGCUUCUCUUGUAUGAACCGUCAUAUCUAGAUGCCAGCUCACUCCUGCAGCUUUCAGCAGUCCAGCUCCUGCAGCUUCCAGCAAUCUCCUGCAGCGCUUUACUGACGUCCCGCUACCAAUUCCAGCACCCGCCGACGCCUGACGAUCUAAUCCUGUGCCCACUGACGUCCAGCAACCUGAUCCAGCGCCCGUUAACGUCUGGAUACCGUUCCCGAACAAACGACCUCUGUCGUCUUACCAUCCACUGUUCGCAAAUAAAGACACGAUUUCCAUCGUCUACAACGGACCAUCUGCCGACAAAUUCUAAGACAUUUAAACUUGGGUUAUCUAUAUCUAUCUAUCUAUCUAUCUAUCUAUCUAUCUAUCUAUCUAUCUCUGAAGACUACCAAGCUGCGAUCCUGCACGACAGUCUACCCAAGGAUGAACUGAGUACACCAGCGCUGCCCGCGUCCAUCCUCUUUCUCCUCAAGCGCCGACGCGCUCUUUACUCAAGUACAGACAUCCAGGGAUCGACUGGACCUCGAACACCGCUGUUCCAUCGGCCUACCUCCAAGCUGUCGCCUUGA